GUUAAAGAUUUUUUUUUUUUUGACAACCAACAUCAUUCCUUUCAUUCCAAACCCAAACAAGAGGGAUGAAUUACAAUUACAAUAAUGGAGCUACAAGGUCAGCAAUGACAGUCCACUCCGGCGGAAGAAGAUCAAGAUGAGAGUUCCUUGCGAUCCAAUCAGCCAACAAAUUGAGUCGACGGGGAACAAACUCGAUCGAGAUCCAGGGAGAAACACAAAGAAUGGAAACCACACGGGCAAGGGUUGCCCUGCACUACCAAGGCCAAAGGCUCGGAUCCUGUCUCAACGCAAUCGUAAGCCUCUGACAGUCAGACCGGAUACAUGUUGGGACUGGAUCCCGGGCCGCCAAGAUAACUGCAUUGAGAAUUGCAAAAGCUUCUGCCUGAAUUGGAGAGGAACAAAAGAAUCUCUCAGCCCUUCCGUCGAUAACCUGACCGUGGGAGUUAGCAAUAGCAAUCCCAUAAGCCGCCACCUGUGCAUCAGAAACAAAGGAACCAUCGCAAUGCACAACCUUACUGAAAGGACCAGGCGGUGAUAAGGUCGUCGACCGAGAACUCUCAGGCUGAGACGGCAAAUUAGCUGCCGUUAAAGAUUAAUGAUAGAAAAUUAAAGGUUUUUCAAGAGAGAGAAUAAGCGCUGAUGUGGCGGAUGGUGAUUGGUUUAUGCAUGGUUACUAACCAGAUCCGCUCCCCAUAUUUUGCGGUAAGUAGAUUGGUUAUGGUGGGAGCGGAUCCCAUGAGUAACUCUAUGGUGAGUAAUAAUGAGUAACCCAACCUGAAUCCGCCACACUAGCACUCCUCUCUCUCCUGAAAAACCUUUAAUAUUUCCCCUUUUAAUAUCUAACGGAUGAUUUCUCUCUGGUUUUAAGUCGGAAUGUUUUUGCACAGAUAAAUCAGAUUAAUUGUG